AUGUUAGUUGCUAUUAGUGGUACAAAGUACAGCUGUGUGGAGUUAGCUAUUAACAUCUUCGUAAAGAAGCAUAGGUUUGAGCUGAUAGAUGAUGAGAAAGAGCCCGAUAAUGUUAUAUUAGAUUACUGUACCAAAAAUUAUACUAGAAAUAUGGUAAUAAAAUGUGAUCGCUUGUCGUUGCUGGAAACAUUAAGUAAAAGGCCAUUUUUUGUCCAUUUAUCAAUUGACGCCUCAAUAAAUUUCAGGUUAGAAUAUCAGAAAAAAACCUGCACUAGAUUGAAUGAUUCUUUUGAUAUGGGGAUUUUCCUUCAAGCAUUAGAUGAUCAUGAUUUUCAGGCAGAUGCUAUUGAAUUAAGAGAAAGAUCUGAUUUUAAAUUUAAAAUUAUCAAUUCUGAUGUUAGUUCAAUCGAUAAAAGGCUAGAAGAAGCUAUUGCUGCAAAUGUAAAGAUUCUAGAAAAUAGUGCAUCAUUCAAUAAAAUAUCACCUCCAUUACGACCAGAUUGGGAUUCAUACUUUAUGAAAUUGGCAACACUUGCAGCUUCGAGAGCCAAUUGUAUGAAACGUAGAGUGGGAUGUGUCAUUGUAAGAGACUACAGAGUGAUCGCUACAGGUUAUAACGGUACACCACGUCAUUUAAAAAAUUGUUUUAACGGUGGAUGCCCUCGUUGUAAUGAUGGUAAUUCUAAAAAUUUAGAGACUUGCUUAUGCUUACAUGCUGAGGAGAAUGCUUUGUUAGAGGCUGGUAGAGAUCGUGUAGGCCCUAACGCAAUUUUAUAUUGUGAUACUUGCCCAUGCUUAACUUGCUCUGUUAAAAUUGUACAGAUUGGUAUCAAGGAGGUAGUUUAUAGUCAAAAUUAUAGUAUGGACGCUCAUAGUUUCAAAGUUUUAAAAGAAGGAGGUGUUCACAUUAGACAAUUUAGUUUCGCCAAAGAACCAAGAAUUGUGUUGAUAUAA